UUAAAUGUAAAAGUUCUACAUAUGAGUAUCAGACUGAUUCUUUGUAUUGUUGUUCUCAAAUUCUUUUCAACUUUCUACUUAUUUCCUGCUGACUUCUUUGUAACUAACAAUUUAAUUAGUGUCCAAGUCACCCAAUGUGUCUUUGUCAAACCUCAGUACCUCACAUAUGACACAAGGCCUUUGCACCUAAACCCAAAUAAAAAAGAAAAAAAAGGCUCAAGACCAGCACGAAAUCAGGAAUCACUAGUUAUUGCUGAAUUUUUUAAUUACGUUCAACGGCAGCAAUAAUAUCUUAUAACAUCAAAGAACAAAUACUAUAAUUCAGGAAUCUUCAUUAGAUGGUUAAUUAGUCAAAGAAUGAAAAUAAAGAAAUUAUAGGAAACAUUUAACAAUUAGCCAAUUAGUAUAGUCUAGAGCCGUACUAAGUACCACAGAGAUGCCAUAAGUAUUGCAAAUAAAACUAACUGCUUAAGAAUUUUUGAGCCAUGUCGAUUUUGAUUUUGAUAUUCAUCAUAAAAGUGCUAAUUAAUCUGCAGCCGAUCUCAUCGAGUGGACACAAUAACUCGCACUACGUACACUUUGAUUGUUCAAGGAGCGAUUUUACAUACACAUCAGGAAGUACAUUUGAAGCAAACCUUACAAACACACUUCUUAAUAUCCUUCCCGCUAACGCCUCUCUAGCCGGAUUCUCCGAAAUCACCACCGGUGAAGAGGGUGCUGAUCAAGUUAACGCUCUUUUCUUUUGCCGAGGUGACAUUAGGGGCAGUGACUGCCAUGACUGCAUAGAGGCCGCGGCAAGGACCAUCAUACAGAGAUGUCAAUUCCUCAAAGAAGGUAUUGUCUGGUACCAGGAGUGCACCUUGCGCUACUCCAAUCAAAGCGCCAUGAUGUCCGUCGAGGAAUUGGAGGUGGUUCCGAAUCAUCCAGACUUUAACUUUUCUGGACAUUUCAGGUUUCUUGAGCAACAUGAAAUUAUAUUCAAUAACUUGAUGAAUCGGCUAAUACACGAGGCUGCUUUUGUUGGGAAUGCGACUGGUUUUGCAACGGGAGAAUCCAACUUGUCGACAACCGAUUGGACGUUGCGCGGCCUUGUGCAGUGCCGGCCAGAUUUAGGGGGUAGGCAUUGUGAGUCAUGCCUAAGACAGGCUUUGAGACAACGGGUUGGUUGGAAUACCCCGAUGGUGUUUCUGCCUAGUUGUAACAUUCGGUUUGACUUGUAUCCUCAUCCAAAUAUUAAUUCCCCAUCACCAGAAAAUGAUGGAAUUCCUCUUAAAGUUCUAGUCCCUGUGGUUGCUGUAUGUGUUCUGGUGUUGUGUUGUACCAUCUUUUUUGUUAUUCGUCACUGCCGUCGAUGGUGGCAUCCUCCUGAUCAGCAUGAACAAGAUGAUCAUCCACGGGACUAUACAUACAUGGAACUAUUGUGGGCGACAGAUUGUUUCUCAAAGAAGAGAAUCCUAGGCAAAGGUGGAUUUGGGAAUGUUUAUAAAGGUACCCUUCGUGAUGAUACACUAGUCGCAAUUAAGCGACUCAAUAUUCAAGGCUCUUUGCAGGGGCAUAAGGAAUUUGUGGCAGAAAUUGCAGCCAUCACAAAUCUUAAGCAUGAAAACGUCGUUUCUUUGAAAGGAUAUUGCAUGUUUCUUCGCGAGAGAUUGUUGGUUUACGAAUACGUGCCUAAUAAAACCUUGGAACAUCAUUUACAUGGCGACGACCAAGAAUUAUCGUGGGAGAAGAGAAUGCGAACUGCACAAACCUUGGCAGAAGUAUUUGCUUUUCUCCAUGAGAGAAACCCGAUUAUCAUACAUCGAGAUAUCAAGCCAAGCAAUAUUCUUUUCGAUACUGAAUUUCAUCCAAAGGUCGGAGAUUUCGGAAUAGCUAAGCUUGUUCCUGAGAGCCAAACGCACAUGACAACAAUGAUAAGAGGAUCACACGGAUAUUUGGAUCCUUAUUAUUAUACAAGUGAGUGUCUGACAAGGAAGUCUGAUGUAUAUGCCUUUGGGGUUGUGCUACUUGAGUUGAUCACCGGGCGCAAAGCUAAUUUUAUUGCUGAAGAGUCCGAUGAAGGUAGAUCACACAUCACUGUCUGGGUGGAACCCUUGAUUAAGGAAGCCCUAUUAACAGGCCGCUUUGAUGCUCUUGUUGAUAGAAAAUUGGGAGCUGAUUAUAACCGUGACGAGAUGAAUCGUAUGGUUAUUUGUGCUGCUACUUGUGUGCGCAUGCCAGAAGAAAGGCCCACUAUGAGACAGGUAGCCGAAUAUCUAAAACAAUCAAGUGAAUCGCGUCAGAGUAGUACACAAUUUAAAGAGAGGCUAAUGGGAUUUUGGCAAAAUGAAGAUCAGAGAAGGCUUUUUGGUCAAGAUGUUCUGAGUAGUUCUCCUAGAAUGGUGGGGCAGAUCAGCAAUGGGUACUCGGAUACAGAAAGUCAAAGUACUAGCUAUGACUCAUUCAGAAUCACAGAGAGCCAUGACCUGCACCUUAACCUGUCACCUACACAUCAUUUUACUUGAAUUUGCUUGCAUCGUUGUUGUUAAUACUUAGCUAUGCAGCCGACCCAAUUCUAUUUAGAUUAAGGCUAUGAUGUUUGGUUAUACCUAAUUUUGAUUUAUUUUUGAUUCAUAUACCUAAUUAUGAGUUUGUUGGUAUAAUUUUCUUUAUGUCAGCACAUUUUAUAUUGACUAGAAUUUUUAAUCAUAGGUAGCAAUGUAAAAAUUUACUGUAGGAAGUGAUGUAUAGUAUUGCUUACAGGAGAUACUAAAG